AUGGUCCCAGUUAGCCCCAGUGUAGUGCCGCUAACUCCCAGUGAAGGCAGCGGGGAGGAAAAGGCCCGGAGAUGCCCCCGGAGGAGGGGCUGCAAAGCCAGCCCAGGGAGCUGUGAGGAGGAAAGAGCCGUCCUGUGCCGGGAAGGCGGCCGGAGCUUGAGCCGGAGCUCCGAGCUGGUGGUCCCUGAGCAGCCUCCCAGCAGGGAGAAGCCCUUCAGCUGCUGGGAAUGUGGGAAGAGCUUCAGGAAGAGCUCAAACCUCCUCACCCACCUGCACAUCCACACUGGGGAACGGCCCUACACGUGUAGGGAAUGUGGCAAGAGCUUCAGAAGGAGCUCUACCCUGCUCAGGCACCAGCUCAUCCACACUGGGGAAUGGCCCUACACAUGCAGGGAAUUUGGAAAGAGCUUCAGUGACAGCUCAAACCUGAUCCAACACCAGCGCAUCCACACUGGGGAGAGACCCUACAAGUGUGGGGAAUGUGGGAAGAGCUUCAGGAACAGCUCCAGCCUCCACACUCACCAGCUCAUCCACACUGGGGAACGGCCCUUCAAGUGCUUGCAAUGUGGGAAGAGGUCUCAGAGCAGCUCCAAUCUCCUCCUGCAUGAGCGGACACACAGAGGGGAGAGGCCCUUCUACUGCACUGACUGCAGGAAGGGCUUCAAACAGAACUUCCACCUCAUCAGGCACCAGCGCAUCCACACCGGGGAGAGGCCCUACAAGUGUGGGGAGUGUGGGAAGAGCUUUACCCAGAGCUCCCACUUGACCAAACACCAACGGACCCACGAUUAA